UUCUAAGCCUCGAUGCUUAGCCCAAUUCGAGUUAAAAUUUAAAUCAAAAAUGGGGAAUAUUAAUAGAAUCGUUUUUUAGGUAAGAAGUUUGUGGGCGCAGUGCUUGUGUCACGUGGCAAGCGGUAAUAGGAAGUUGGAAGCGGUAGAGAGAAGAGGUCGUUCCGUCUCGAUCCAUUUUCUUCGUCUCCCUCUUCUCUCUCUCUCUCUCUGUCUCUGGAGAAGGCGAUUUCUCGACCAGUGAAGCGGCGUCGCUUACCACACCGAUCGAAAGCUCAAACCCCGCAUCGAAUCUUCAGCAGUCUCACUAAUCUCUCUCACUCGACGGUAGAUUUCGGAGGCCGUCAUCUAUUCUCACCCAAUCCAGAAGGAUCUCGCCGUCGUCCUCCGAAUCGAAACGCUACAAGGUUUAAGUGGCUCAGCCUUAACACUCCUAAACCUAGUGGGAGUUCAAAGCGAAACGCUGGAGAGUUUGGUUCGCAAACAUCUAACACUACUGUUGGUGAUGAAGAGGUGCGUCCAGAGGGUAGCAAGGCAGCUAAAGCUAGAAAGAAUAAUACUCAAGGAAUAAAAUCUAUGGCUGAUUUUACGACUGUCAUGGAGUUGAAGAAGGAUGAUCUCCUGCUGAAGGAGAGAUUGUCAAAGCUUGCCAUUCUGGACACACUCCUAGCCAAGCCAGGACCACUAAGCGAGCCUGAGGAAGUUGUGAAGAACAAGCUGCUCGCUCUGUAUUUCUGAAAAUGUUAUCGCAUUUAUUAUGUUUAUUUAAAAUGGGGAUAUAUAGUUACAGCCAACCUUCAGAUUCUGCAGAGUAUGGUGGAGAGACAUCUGAGUACAGCGAGACGGAAGACCUCAUCCGUCGUGACCAGGAAGAGUUGAGCUUGCAAUAUGGUGACACGGCUCAGUACCCUCCGCAGUACCCUCCACAACCGGAGGUGGAGUUUGGAUUCCCCCAGGUUUGCUACUGUGGUGGUGCACCAAAGUUAGCUACAUCAUAUACUAGGCUUGAUCCAGGGAGGAGAUACUACACCUGCGAGCACAUGGAUGAUGGAGAAUGCCAUGUGUGGAAAUGGUGGGACGUCGCAGUCAUGGAGGAGAUGAGGGCGAGGGAUAAACAUGUUCUUCAGUUGGAGGAAAAGGUAGACAAUCUGAACCUUCUGAGUGACUAUGAGACAGAUGAGAAGGUGCUUAGGCUAGAGCAGUUAGUUUGUGACUUGGCAAAGAAGGAAUCUAGUUUUAUAAAUGGCUUUGAGGUAUUCAUUGGUGUAAUGCUCAUCGUUUUAGUUGUACUAGGGUUGGUGAUCGGAUUGAAGUGAUUCGUCAUUGGUGCAUUGAGAACGUGAUAAUGCUCAUCCUUUUAGUUUCAAGCGUAGUGAACUUUUAAUUAUAAAGACUAAUGUAAUGAAGGAUGUAUCUCUACUGUGAACUUUAAAGUCAGAGUUUUAAUUAUAAAGACUAAUGUUGUAACAAACAUCCCUUCUCACCAUAAAUUGUUGGUCCGUGAAACUUUAAAACAAAAAUGUUUCCCUCCUAAAGAAACAUUGUUGGUCUGUGAUACUUGAAAACAAAACAUAUUUUCUCACAAACAAACAUUGAUGUGUAA